AUGUGUCAAUCUAUCGCCGACAUAGUUUUCUUCUCCCUUUCUCUUCUCUUUGUUUUCGUCUCUGUUUCGAUUUACGAGAACGACGGCGAGGAUCUAUUGAUCCGGCAAGUGUUUAAUGGAUCAGAGCCGGGAGUUUUGACAUCAGAGGAUCACUUCUCUCUGUUCAAGAGGAAAUUCGGUAAAGUUUACGGUUCUCUCGAGGAGCAUUACCACAGAUUCUCCGUUUUCAAAGCGAAUCUCCGGCGAGCGAUGCGUCACCAGAGGAUGGAUCCUUCGGCUCGCCAUGGCGUUACGCAGUUUUCGGAUCUGACUCCUUCCGAGUUUUGGAGAAUGCAUAUGGGGGUUAAAGGCGGGUUUAAGCUUCCCAAGGAUGCUAAUCAAGCCCCGAUCCUCCCUACCCAGAAUCUCCAAGAGGAUUUCGAUUGGAGAGAUCACGGCGCAGUGACCCCCGUCAAAAAUCAGGAAUCUUGUGGAUCAUGCUGGAGUUUCAGCACUACAGGUGCGCUUGAAGGUGCUCACUUCCUCGCAACUGGCAAACUCGUCAGCCUCAGUGAGCAACAGCUCGUCGAUUGUGAUCACGAGUGUGAUUCAGAGCAGGAAGGUUCAUGCGACUCUGGUUGCAACGGUGGGCUAAUGAACAGCGCCUUUGAGUACACGCUCAAAACCGGAGGGCUCAUGCGAGAGGAAGACUAUCCUUACACCGGCACUGAUGGUGGGACCUGCAAGUUAGACAAGUCUAGGAUCGUGGCCUCUAUCUCCAACUUCAGCGUUGUCUCCAUCUACGAGGACCAGAUCGCUGCAAACCUUGUCAAAAACAGUCCUCUAGCUGUCGCAAUCAACGCGGCUUACAUGCAAACCUACAUGGGAGGAGUGUCGUGCCCUUACAUAUGCUCGAGGCGGCUCAACCACGGUGUGUUGCUGGUGGGUUAUGGCUUGGCCGGGUUUGCUCACGCGAGGUUGAAGGAAAAGCCGUAUUGGAUCAUCAAAAACUCAUGGGGAGAAACUUGGGGCAAGAGUGGUUUUUAUAAGAUUUGCAAAGGCCGUAACAUUUGCGGCGUUGACAGUUUGGUCUCCACCGUCGCUGCUGCCUCCGUCUAA